ACGAGGCCGUCUUUGGCCUGGCUGUGAGUUUCUGGAGCUGGCCUUUGCUCGCCCUCCAGGUCGCCUCUCCAGCAGCUCUCCGUGCUCUCCCCAGCCUGCAGCUCCCUGCCCGGCCUGAAAGCUGGCCUAGGGGCAGGCUCAGGGGCAGCAGGCCGGGUGCACCCCUGCGUCUCCCCUCGGGCCCUGCCUCAUGGACACCCUGGCACUGAGCGCUGCCUCGGGCUGCUUUGUCUCUUGCAGGCAACCCUGGUGCUGUGGAGGAUUGCCCCCAUGUCCGAGUGGCAUUUUGCGAUUCUCCUUCACUCUCCCCAACUCUUCGUGGCUCUGCUCCUGCAAAUUGUCACCAUCACAGAGCAGACGGCAGAGGACGCGGAGACCCGGAGCUUCUGGAGAGCGUGCCAGGAGGAACACGGCCUUCCCGGCAACCCCAGCAGCUUUGCAGCGCAGACCAUGAAGGCUCUGCUCUCCACACUGGGCUUUGACAAAAAGCUGAUGGCUCUGGAGGACAAGCGGGUCUGGCAGAAGCUGCUCUGUGCCCCCACCCAGCACUAUGCAGCGGCUCUGCUGGCCAGGGAGGUGCGCCGUGCCUUGGCCCCCUUGUGUCCCUUCAUGGCCUCGCACCUGCUCGGCCUGCUCAUCGGGAAGCAGCCACGCUGCCCUCUGCCUGCCCUGGCUUUCUUUGUGGAGCUCCUGCCGUGCCUGGACUUGAGCAAAGACGGUCCCAGGGCCCUGCUGGUGCUGUCCAGGCAGCUGCCCAGUGAGUGCAGGGACAGGCCGCGCCUGGCGCUCCGAGGCCUCGUGGUGCUCAGCAAGGAGCCCUCGCUGGGCAGAGGAAUACGCGGCCUGUAUCCACACCUGGUGCAGCAGCUGGCCGACCCAGACGCAGAGAUGGUCGGCAUGACCCUCUGUGUGCUGACGUGUGUGCUCCAGGACAAAGACCUCGUGCUACCCAGCGUCAUCGCCCUGAAGCUGGCUGAGCCCCUCCCGCCCCACUUUGAGAACGACAACAGCCACGUGCAGCGGCUCUCCAUUGAGCUCUUCUGCAUGGUGAUGGACCUGGUAGUGGAAGAGGAGGAAACUCCUCUGACGACAAUCGUGAGCCAGAGCCUGCUCCCUCUAUUCUUGCGCUGCCACGAUGAGAACCCACACGUGGCCAAGGCCUCUGGCGAAGCCCUGCUUUGUGCGGCACGCUUCCUGAAGAGGAGGGACCUCGAGGAGCUGCUGCUGAAGAAGCAGCGGAUGAAGUUCGCCGAGCGCCUGCUGCUGCAGGACGAGAGCCGAGCGGCCGAGCACCUGCGCUGGGCCCUGCCGUACCUGCAGAGCCCGCAGCGGCCCGUGCGACGGGCGGCCGUCAGGAUCAUGGGGCUGGCCGGAGUGCUCGUGACGGGGCAGAAGGAGGAGCUCCAGGUCCUCACUGAGGCUCUUCAAGCCCUGAGAGGAGAUGAGAGGCCAUCCUGCAUGAGCAUUGUGCUUCAGCUCAUGUUCGAAAGAAGAUCUGCAGGACUCGGUUCGUCUGCUGGAUCAGAUGUUCUGGCCUCCUUCGGGGAUUGCCAGUUCCCGGUGAAGAUGGGAGCACCUGCAGAGCAGGAUGGACCAGCUGGAGCUCCAGGCACAGCUCUUGCCGCUCAGAGCUGAGCCUGUGGGAAGCUCCAGGAGCUCCUGCCACCUCUCUCCCUGUUGGCAGCUCCUUCCCUGCAACCCUAUGGCCUUGCCCAACCCCUUUUUUACUUCCCAGCUCACCCCUUGGCUUUGCUUUCCCUUCAUAAACAGUUUCCCAAAACCCUAAGAUGGGAGCACCUGCAGAGCAGGAUGGACCAGCUGGAGCUCCAGGCACAGCUCUUGCUGCUCAGAGCUGAGCCUGUGGGAACCUCCAGGAGCUCCUGCCACCUCUCUCCCUGUUGGCAGCUCCUUCCUUGCAACCCUAUGGCCUUGCCCAACCCCUUUUUUACUUCCCAGCUCACCCCUUGGCUUUGCUUUCCCUUCAUAAACAGUUUCCCAAAACCCUAAGAUGGGAGCACCUGCAGAGCAGGAUGGACCAGCUGGAGCUCCAGGCACAGCUCUUGCUGCUCAGAGCUGAGCCUGUGGGAAGCUCCAGGAGCUCCUGCCACCUCUCUCCCUGUUGGCAGCUCCCUCCCUGCAGCCCUCAGGCCCUGCCCAUCCCCUUCUUUGCCUCCCAGCUCACCCCUUCCCUUGGCUUUCCCUUAAUAAACAGUUUGAGUUUUUCACUUGA